AUGGAUCAUUCAUGGUGUACAGUAUGCGAUAAACAUAUUUUCGCUAUUGAAAACUUAUAUUGCAGCGAAUCUUGUCGACGAAAAGAUGGUCAAUCAAUAUCUUCAUCGCCAUCAAUAAUAACGAAUUCAUCGAUACAUGAUUCAUUCUACGAAUUUCCAAGAUGUUCCUCUCAAAAACCAUAUCAGUCCCUAUACUCAACACCUGAAUCAUCAUCUUACACUUCUCCAUCACUACUUCCCUCUCAAACGUUAUCUUCGUCAUCAUCCUCUUCGUAUUUUGAUCCAAGAGAAGAUGGAUAUUAUUCAUCGUCACCGUCGAAUUACCUUUAUUCCUCGAGCGAUGACCUAAGCAUGUCACCGCCAUCCGCAAAUUUCACUAUGGGGGGGCAGCCCUUUUCCGAUGCAGCGCCAAUAACAAAUCCUGCAUUGUUAAUAUCCACGCCAACGAUGAUGACAACAUCAAAAUCAUCAAAAAAACGAUCGUUUACUGAUAGUGCCAGGCGCCUAUUUUUCUUUUGA